UCUCUCUCUCUCUGAGGGGGAAGAAGGGAGGAAGGCGAGAGCUGUGCGGAGAAGGGAAAAGAGAGCGUAACGGGACGGGCUCUCCCACGAAGCCCCCCACGUGUGCUUGGUCGUGACGUCACCCGGGCCCACCUUACCUGCGGCGUGACGUCACUCGCAGAACAACCUCCGCCUGUUGACGUCAAGUUAUUUUAUACAUAUAUAAUUAUAUGUAAGCCUACCUGAGAGCAGACAACAGAGAAAAUGACCCAUAUGAAAUCCCAAGCUUUGAAAGUUAGAGGACGUGCCUUUAAAGACCACGAACCAUUCAGACAUUGCACUCCUGGAUCACUUCUUACAGACAGGGCUAUCAAACCAAGAGUUACACCUGGCACAGUCGGUGUGGCAACUGGAAAUCAAGAAACGAGAAGCAGAAAAGUUGGGAGCAACCCUAUGGCAUCCUUAGGCGAAGAGAACAAUUCUCUGGAAAAGUUUAAAGCUCUGCAAAAGAAACACCUGCAGCUCAAAGGUAUUCUAAAAGAAAAGGAGUCAUCAAUAUCAAGAUUAACUAAAAUAAUAAAAGACCAGGCUACUGAGUAUAGAACAGCAAUAGAAUUAGAAAAAGAACACCAUAAAGAGACUGAAAGGCGACUGGAAGAAUCAGAACAUUUAGUCAAGGAGCAGAGCCAGUUGCUUGAUGAAACUGUAGCACGUUACAGAAAAAUAAUUCAGGAGCAAGAAACACAGCAUGCAGAGCUGGUGCUUGAAAUGAAAAAACAGAGUGAGGCUGAUAUAAGGCGCAGAGAAGAAAAUAUUCUCAAGAUAAAGCAAUAUAUUUCUGGUACCUUCCAAGAAAAAUCCCGGGAACGUCAACAACAGACAGAUGAACUCAGAAUAGAAAUAAAUAAAUUCAUGGAGAAAUCACACAUUCUCAAAACAAAACUUGAAAAAGAACUCAAUGCAAAAAAGAGGGACUGCAAAUCGAAAGAGAUCAGUCCAUAGUCAUGCAAGCAACUUGGGUCAGGUGUGUAUGCUUGUUCCAAGGCUUAUUUCCCAGGAUGGCCACUCCUAGGAGCUAUGAGGCAGGAUCUUGAGAGAUGUCAUAUUUGCACUCAACCAGAGAAGAAUCUGAAGUGCCCUUGGACUUCCAUGUUGCGUAAUCUGUCUUGUAUGGGGUGCACAAGUGGUGUCUCUGUUUACCUAAUCUUGUUUAUGGGUUGUUACAUACAGGGAUUUUUUGCUUCCUGUGCUAAUUGCUGUUUUAUGAUGAUGGCAAUUUAAUGUAUCUUGUGGUUUUCGUUUUUAUAUUGCUUGUUGUUUUUGUGGCUGUAAACCACCUUGGAUUCCUUUUUGAAAACUGGCAGGAUGUAAGUUUUUUUUCUUUUUAAAUUAAAGUAAAAUAACAAAAAUG